AUGCAGCAAGUGAGUUCAAUUUUUGCAUCCGGGUCCAGAGGAAUUCACAGACAUUUCUCCGAGACAAUUUGGCAGCCAUUAAUGGCUACUUCUACAUCCUCUGUUCGAAUCCUUUUCUUUUCUGUUUGCUUGUUCAUCGGUUUGUUCAUUUCCACUCACGUCUUUGAUACCACAAUGCACAGUUCACCUUCUUCGAUUUCUCCAUUUCCUGAAAAACUCAGCAACAAAAUCGAAUUCCCACUCAAUUGCACUCUCGGAAAUCUCACUCAAACUUGCCCUAAUGAUUAUUACCCAAAACGAUUUCAGAAUUUGAAAAAUGUAUCAGAAUCCACCCACAUAUGCCCUGAAUUCUUCCGUUGGAUUCAUGAAGAUCUAAGGCCAUGGGCAGAAACAGGGAUAACGAAAGAGAUGGUGGACAAGGGUAGAGAAACAGCAACUUUCCGUUUAGUGAUAGUUAACGGAAGAGCUUACGUUGAGAAAUAUAAGCAGCCAUAUCAAACAAGAGACGUUUUCACUAUUUGGGGCUUCUUACAGUUGCUAAGAAGGUACCCCGGGCAGCUGCCCGAUUUGGAUCUCAUGUUUGACUGCUUUGACUGGCCUCUCAUUCACAAGAAAGACUUUCAUGAAGUUGCUCCACCACCAUUGUUUCGUUAUUGUGGUGAUGAUGACACUUUGGACAUUGUUUUUCCGGAUUGGUCCUUUUGGGGUUGGGCCGAAAUCAAUAUAAAACCAUGGGAGUCAUUGUUGAAGGAUCUUGAUGAGGGAAACAAAAGGACAAAGUGGGUCGAUAGAGACCCGUAUGCUUAUUGGAAGGGGAAUCCAUGGGUUGCAGAACACCGAAAAGAUCUUCUUGAAUGUAAUGUUUCAGACACGGAUGAUUGGAAUGCGCGUAUUUAUAUCCAAGAUUGGAUACAUGAAGAACAACAUGGUUUUAAGCAAUCGAAUUUGGCCAAUCAAUGUGUCCAUAGAUUUAAGAUAUAUAUCGAGGGAUCUGCAUGGUCAGUUAGUGAGAAAUACAUUCUUGCGUGUGACUCGAUGACUUUAAUGGUGAAACCCCAUUACUAUGAUUUCUUCACAAGAGGGUUGAUGCCCGUUCAACAUUAUUGGCCUGUUAGCAUGGAUGAUAAGUGUAAAUCGAUCAAGUUUGCAGUUGAUUGGGGUAACAAUCACACGAAAAAGGUGCAAAAAAUUGGAAGAGAAGCGAGUAGUUUUAUACAAGAAGAUUUGAAGAUGGAUAAUGUAUACGAUUACAUGUUUCAUCUUUUAACCGGGUAUUCAAAACUUCUGAAGUAUAAACCAACUAUCCCCGAUAAUGCAAUUGAACUUUGUUCGGAGACAAUGGCAUGCACUUCGGAAGGGCUUGCUAAGCGAUUCAUGGAGGAGUCUAUUGUGAAAGGCCCAACGGACGUGGGCCCAUGCACCAUGCAGACUCCGUAUGAUCCUCAAACGCUUAAUUCUAUACUAGAAAGAAAAGAUAAUUUAGUUAAACAAGUUGAGAAGUGGGAAAAGGAGUACUUUGAAAAACAAACUAAUUAA